CUUCAGAAGGCAGACAACAGGACAAGGAAGAGAGAGACUUGAAGGGACAUCUCAGAAGAAACAGCUUGAACUUCCCCAUUCCCAACCAAGUCAGCGCCAUGGACACUAAAGGCUCAUUUUUCUAUGGCUUCCUCUUGCUGCUGCUCAUCCAGCUCCAGCCCAGCAGAGCCAACCCUAUCUACAGCCUCAGCCCUGCCAAAGAACUGGCCAGCAUGGAGGCUCUGCUGGAGAGACUGGAGGAUAAGUUUGCAAUGAUUGAAGCCCUGGAGUCCAACCCUGACCUGCAAGAACCCAAAACCCAGGAGGAGAUCCUGUCAGAACUCGAUGACAGUGACAACCAGAAGGCUGAACCCAGGAUUGCCCCCAACACCCCUCUGUCCUACAGGAACCCCUUCCUCAAGAGACUGAGGGGGCUGCAGAUGCCCAGGAUGAUGAGAGAUUCUGGCUGUUUUGGGAGGAGGAUCGAUCGGAUCGGCUCCCUGAGUGGGAUGGGCUGCAAUGGUUCCCGGAGAAAUUAGGAUCAACUUCCUUAUUCCCUGCUCUGAAGAAUGCUUUACAGUACCCCUUCCUCCCAAGAUGAAAGCCAGAUGCUUUCUAAGCUCCUCAACAGAAAGUUAUUCCUAUUUUUAUUUAUUUAUUUAUUUAUUUAUUUGAUGUUUUUUUAAAGAACAUUUCUUACUCUAGCACUGACAGACCAUCUUUAAAUAAAACUAACACAUUAGACAUC